UUAAGACUUUCCGGAUGUGACGUCACACGUGUAACCACCAUAAUAGUGGCUAUCAUAUAUGUUUAUAGUGUAUUAUUUAUUAUAGUUUAAUUAUGUCUUUUUGCAAACACUGACUAGCUCAAAAAGAAAUCAUCUGUAUGCCUCAUAAAGUACUGGAACAGCCCUUAGAGAGCAACACCAGUAAAAUAAUUUAAAGAUGUACAUUAAAAAAAAACAUCACCUGAAACUACCUCUAGACAAAGUGUUAUGUGUUUGCACCCAAAAUGUUGUGAGCUGAGGUUAGACUCACAUCACCUGUCGUGAUAUUAUCACGACUAUAACGAUGCUAAUGAACCAGUACUGAUGUUUUCAUUUAUGGAGACUUCAAAGCACCUUUGUAUGUUGCUCUGCAUAAGGACGUCUGCCAAAUGUAAAUGUAAACUAUAAUGGCAGGGCUGAUUUGACUGACAGGCUGAGAAAACUAUGCAUUGUAUAUCCAAAACAAACAGACUCACAGGUGUGCAAACAGCUGGACAGAGAAAAGGAGCUUGUCUUCAUUUAUGGAUCAGAUGACAGCUUCUAGAACAACAGCUGUAUGUGUAAUAUACAACCAGACAAAAUCCACAGCAAAUAUCAUUCAGAAAACAAACUUCAGAGAUAAAACUGCGUUUUAAACGAACAACAUAACCGACUGAAUAUACUGUAUAUACAGACAUUAUAGAUCUGUAUAAAAUAGUAUGCCCUGUCAUGUUUUAUUCCUUACACAUUCAAUCAUCAUUUAUAACAGUCAGAUUUGAGAAUGGUAUUCAUCUGUGGUAUAGUUUUCUACACUAUACUGGCAAAGGUAUUGGGACACUCCUCCAAACUCCAAAUCAUUGAAUUCAGGUGUUGUUUUUCGGGGGUUGAGCUUGGCCCCUUGGUUCCACUCUUAACGCUUCAGCAUUAAACACUCUUAAUGCUUUUCAUGCUGCCAGCUUUGUGGGAACAGUUUGGGGAUGACCCCUUUCCUGUUCCAACAUGACUGCACACCAGUGCACAAAGCAAGGUCCAUAAAGACAUGAAUGAGAGAGUUUGGUGUGGAGGAACUUGACAAGUUAUAGCUGCAAAGUGUGGGCCAACUCCAUAUUACAUUCAUGUUCAGGUAAAGGCAUACGUCCCAAAACCUUUGGCAAUAUAGUGUAUAACAGCUCUAAUAGUUAUUGGUUUUAUAUUAAUGUAUAUUUUAAUAAAAACUUACCUAGGACCCUACAAAAUGGAUACUCCAGAUUUACUUAAAAUGACUUAUUAAAACACCCUUUAAUUAUUUCAUAAGACCGCAUGUCCCAGUAGGUUUUAUUCCUUUUACUAAUUAAUUAAUUAAUUAGACACAUGCCAUAUACUUGACAACAUAGUAAGCAAUACACCUUUUAAUUAUUUACGGAAUGAAUAAUCACUCAACAUCACAUACAGGCUGCUUCACAAAUUUCUAGGCUCUGCAAGAAAGCAGUCUCUAUAGGUUCUCUCCACAAGCUCUUAUAAAUGCAGACCUUUUAAUCCAGACCCCUUACCCUUCACCCAGGAGCCAUAAGAGGUCAUUUAUUUGGGUGAUACAUCAAAACCAUAUAUGCUCUAAAAUAUAUGUAAGUAAACGUAUAAGACUGAUUUAUAGGAGCUUAUGAUAUGAUUGUGAAUUUGUCCGUAUGAUUAACUGAAUAAUUGCUCAGGGUAAAAUGUUUUUCAGAGGAGAGAGCUAGGAACUUGAGAAUAGCCAAACAUAAUGGAUGCUUUACACAAUAACACCACCAGAUCACUAGGGGGCAGAGUCGGUACAACAUAACCGACAGGUUUAGAUGGUUAAAAAAAUGAAGAAGUGGAUCUACGCAUUCUUUGGCUAAUAUUUAAAUAGCGCAUAAUCCCUAUACAAGUGCACUAUCUAGGGUGUGACAGAGUUCAUUUUUACAGCUUAUCUAGUGCACUUCGUAUCAAAUGAUGAGGCAUUUGAGAUUUCACCUCUGAUUUCAGCACAAAUCGCACUAUUUUGGUACGGUUAGUGGGUGUUUAUGGUGAAAGAUUCACAUUUUUGGUGGAUUUUCAUUUAUUUAUUUAAUUUUUUUUAGAUGAGUAUGGUACUACUACAUAUGAUGUCAAACGCGGUUAUAGAGUUAUUUAACUAGCUGCCAGGGUUAUAACAGUUGUUGUAGUUAUAUUUAUGAGGGAACAGACAGACAGAUUAUUUUGCCCUGGGCGCUUGCUGAAGGAAGUGUAACUCAACAUGGGGCCGCGUCUUUAGUAAGGCCGUGGCUAACAAAAGUCUUGAUGAAUGAGUAAUUAACGAGUUUCUGUUGAUUAACUUGAGUUAGUGAGUUUUUUCCCCCCUGGGUCAGACACGAACCGGACACCGGAUAUGAUGGCAGUGUCUGAGACUCAGCUGAUGUUGAGCAUUGGAUUGAUCGAGAAGGACGUGAACGCAGACACGCUGUGGGUCUGGUGCUUCCCAGCAGUUAGCACCGAGCUGCGCGAGCUCUUAAUGCGGAAGUGCUGUUUGUCUCGCGACUCCCCCGAGCUGCACGCCUUCGUGUUCGGUCAGUACCACCGGAACUGGUACUACCUCACCACCACCGAGGUCCAGGAGCCCACUGCCCUCAGCAAGGUUACACAUUUCUCUAUAGUUAUUACAGCAAAGGAUUUCAACCCGGAAAAGUAUGCCGCAUUCAGCCGAGUCCUGUGUAGGAUGUACAUGAAGCAUGGCAGUCCAGUGAAGAUGAUGGAAGGCUACAUUGCUGUCCUAACAAAGGGCAUCUGUCAAAGCGAUGAGAACGGCUCCUUCCUCAUCAAGGACUACGAUGUUAGAAAAGCCUAUUUGGCUGGAUCCGUUAAAGAUGUGGUGUCUCAGUUUGGAAUGGAGACCAUCAUCCUGUACACAGCACUGAUGCUGAAGAAAAGGAUCGUGAUCUACCAUCCUCGUGUUGAGGCUCUGCUAGAGUUCACAAGAGCACUUCCAGCCCUGACCUGGCAUAGGAAAGACUGGUCCAUUCUCCACCCUUAUGUCCACCUGGAGGACAGAGAGUUGGACAACCUCAGAUCAUGCACAGGAUACGUUGCCGGCUUUGUGGAUCCUGAAGUUAUAAACAGAUCAGAUCUCUUCGAUGUUUUCGUGAAUCUUCCAGACAGUGAGAUCACCAUAGCUCAACAUGCAAAAGAGGCCAUGACCAUGGGAAAACUGCAUAAGGAGAUUGGCCACUUGAUUGUCCAGUCUGCAGAGGACACUGAUCGCACAGAUGCUCAAGUUAUCAAGGAUAUCUCUGUAAAGACUAAAGAGAUCCUUAGUAACUUGGCGUCCCUUGCUGAGGAAGGGGACAACGCGAAGCUGACGCUGGACACGCUGAAGCGACGACAGUUUCCUCCAGCAACCGAGAACUUCCUCUUCCACUUAGCUGCAGCGGAGCAGCUCCUGAAGAUCUAAACAAUCCAAGUCACCCAUGAACCUACAAGACCUAGGAGAGCCUAACGGAAGAAAUCACUGUGUGAUCGUAUGAUUUUAUCAAUGUGUGUAAAUGCAAAAAGAGUUUGAUAGAGAUUUUAUGAUGAUCUAGACACAUUCAGUGACCAAGACUAUUAUUAUUAUUAUUAUUAUUAUUAUUAUUAUGUAUAUUACUCCUUUUCUUUCCAGGAAGGUUCUUCUUAGGAAGCACUUAACAUUUACUUGAUGAAUAUACAGGUAUGGAUGGUUACUUUUACAUUUGUACACAUUUUUACGGCGACGUUUUGAACUUGAAAACAGUCAAAACGGGGAGUAUUUUGUGGUAGUACUUCAUCAGUUUUGGAAAAUGUAGAUGAUUUAGAUAUUUUUAUGCCAAAAUAAAUCUAAUAAAGUUUAAUAUGUAUAAUUACAGAACACUAUUUUGCUGCCACUGUAAUCAUAUUCGGUUGUGAUUUAGUUUCAGGAAGCAUUAGUCUAAGAUCAAAUAGGAAAAACACACGAGUUUCUAAAGCAGGUUUCGUGCAUGUUUUUUUUUUUUUCCCCCUCUCCAUCUUCUAUUAAACAUCUUUUGAUUUUUUUUUUUUUUAUUUCUUGCCCUACAUCAGUUAUGCAGUCAUUACCUUGUGAGUGCUUGUGCCAAAAAAUAUUAUAUGCACUUUUCAUACAUGUAUCACAUGUUCUCUUAAAUGAUGCUGUCUAACCAUUUCAAAUGACAGAAAAAAAAAUUAAGGUCCAGUGUUAAAGUUCUCCAAGUGUGAAAUUAACAAUGAUAUAACAAUAGCAAUAGUUUUUAAAC